AUGUCGUCGACGGUACAGAGCACGGCCUCUCCACGGCCGCGUCGGGGCAAGCAGCAACCCCCCCAGAGCCCAGCCCAGGCGCCGCCUGCCAGUGUUGGGCGCAACUCGCAGCGGAAACCACGCGGAAACCGCGCGCAGAAUGGCUUCAACCACCAGUUCAACGGGGUAGGCGUAUCCCCAGGCAAAGUCGGAACAGGCGCAAACCCCGCUCUCGCCGAAAGCGCCGUCUUUCCAAGCGAGGAGGCACACAUGGCCACGCGACCACGCAAUACAAAGAAACAUACACAGUCCCAGCCAUCCAUAGAUCGCGUCUUCUCCCCCAGUGGCGCCCAAGGCCCCUCUACCGACGGUGAACAGGCCCCAUGCAACCCCUCGACCACUCCAGCCAAGAUCCAGGCCGCAUAUGCAGGACCUACCUUCCAUGCCUCUCCUGCACCCUCGGCCCUGCCUAUUCCCAAAUUUCUUUCUCGUUCAGUCCCUGCAAAGUCCAGGCCAGGCCCCCCGACGCCUCCUCCAGAAGACAGCUCUGAUUCGGCCAAUUCUCCAAGCCUGUCUCCGGAUUCUCCCUCUCGCGCACCGAUCCACAUACCCACACGGAAUGAAGACUCCCCACUAGAUAUGCUUUUCAAGGCCGAUAAGGCUGAGCGGGCCAAGAAUUUCCAUGGCAGUCCCGCUUCCACCCAUUUCUUUGGCCAGAUGCUUCCACCGAGACCUCCACACCACCAGCACGAUUCGUCCAAUUCGGCCAGUGGUAUAUUUCCAUUCGAGCUGGAUGGCGAGGGCCGGAAUGCGCACAUGUCUCCUCCUGCAGCAGCCUUUCCAACAGCACAUCGAGCCGUUACCGACCCCCAGAAAGUACCCCAGGUCACAGAUUCAUCUCCUCAAACGGGCGGAAACGACAUUAUGCAAGAUUUGCUCAACAGACUCUCCAUGUCACAGAAGAAGCCGAAUGCUGCUACACCGCCUAGACCAAAUGCACAGCUAGACCCAGAUGCUCAGCCUAAUCAGACUCCCUCGCCAUUCCAUGAUGGUCGGCCUGCCGUGAGGAGUGCAUCAGGCCCUACCACACCCCAGCCAGUACAGCAAGAGGGUCCUGAAUUCUUCUAUGGCAACAAGAACCUCUCUCCAAUGUUCAAAGCUGCCCGGAACGACUCUGCAAAGCGCAACUCCGGGCUCCGCACAGAAAUCACUGCCGAACCAGCCGCCGUGAAAGAGGGCAUGUUCGAAGACUUCCCUGCCAUUGUUCCGGCUCAUACGAUGGAUCCUCAUACAUUUUCUCGCGACCAUCCUGGGUCUGCCAUGGCUGGGCCUGGCAAAUCGGGGAACUCGAAUCCUCGUCACGGUCCUGCACCAUUCAGCCCGCCUUACCAACAAAACCCACACAACCGGAGGACACCUGGUCGACAGCCCCAACAGCCUCGAAACGCUCAUGUGCCAAGGGGCAACAUGAAUGGUGCAGGCCAUCGGGGAGGAAAAGCCUUUGGUAACACGCAGCCAGUCAAUGUGCCCAAACCCACCACGUCGAUGAUGGCUUUUGUUCCUGCUUCAGUUUCAGCAAAGCAGCACUCUUCUUCUGCACCAUCUGCUGCUGCUGUCCCGCCACCGGCCAAGCUUUCUACACCUGCAAACACUUCAGCUUUGGAGCAAGACUUGAAGCGAAUGCUCAACCUCAAGAUGACUGGCGACACGUCUACUGUUCGUUAA